AGGCAUACAUACACUUUCACGCAGAGACGGGAGGACUAUUUUUUUCCGCCCAGGUCGUUUUAAACCGUUCUAGAGAAGCGUUUAUCAUGCUAAUGUCUCUUUGGUUUACUGCUAUUUCAACAGCCUAACAAAAGUUGAAGCCUGUCAUUUUAAUUAAGUCGUCACUUGACUGCGUAUAUCUAUUUUUUUUUUUUCCAAUACAUGCUCUCAGGAGGAUAUAUAGUCGCAUCCAGUUUGAAAAACUGAAGGAAGCUCUUCAUUCGGAAGACUGGAUUUGUGUUUCGAGGCUUUAGUCGCCUGAGGCGCUUUCGUCUGUUUUAUUAAGCACCUGCCAGCAAAAUGUCUGCCCCAGAUGCCAAUGCAAGCCCUGGAGCUCCAGAGGGUGAAGGGGGCCCACCCGCCCCACCAAACCUCUCCAGCAACCGUCGUCUCCAGCAGACACAGGCCCAAGUGGAUGAGGUGGUUGAUAUCAUGCGUGUGAAUGUGGACAAGGUUCUGGAAAGAGAUCAGAAGCUAUCAGAACUGGAUGACCGGGCAGACGCGCUGCAGGCCGGAGCAUCGCAGUUUGAGAGCAGCGCUGCUAAACUGAAAAACAAGUACUGGUGGAAGAAUAUGAAGAUGAUGAUAAUGAUGGGAAUUAUUGGGGUCAUCUUGAUGGGCAUCGUUUUCAUGUACUUCUACUACUGAGCCUCUCGUGGGACGCACAAGGACAGGAGACUCUGGCUUUGUGUGAACUCAACCCCUCCUUCUCUCCCCACCAAUGCCUUUCAUUGAAUCCACAGUGUGUGUGUGCAGUCAUUGACGCAGUGCCUCUCCCUCCCUUUGUCUGUCACUGCAUUUCUUUGUACCUCUCUUGAGUGCUUUGCAACAGUGCCCGAGCUUACUCAAAAACUCCUUCGGUUAGGAAUAUCUACUCAUGUUUUUAGAUUAGAGAAUGUGUUGGCCCUUUUCAGGCC